UUUCCUAAGCCCUGCAAAACAAAAAAAAAAAAAAACCGUCCCUGCUUUCCUUCCUUCAAAGCACUUCCUUUUUCAACGCGGACUCCAACCCCGCAACCCCACAACCCCGCACCUUCCCCCCGCAACCCCCAACCCCACCAGAAACACCAUGCGCACCUGGCGUUCUGCGCUGUGCGGCCUUGCGCUGGUCCUCCUCGUUGUGGGCGCGGUCCAGGCCGACGACCGAGAUGGCGACCGCCCCGAGCCAACGGUCAUGCCGUUCUUUUCUGGCUAUUACGGCGGCCAGUACAACCCUGGUCUGGUCGAAAUGGUCGUGGAUGUCGACUUUGCCCACUAUCAGCUCGUCAAGGACGAGUUUGAGGAGCGCAUGCACUCUGUCUUCCGUGAUCCGUCCCCAAACACGAACAGCGAGAUUAAGAUUUUGUUUGCGGACGAGCUCGACAUUGCGCACUACGCGAUCGUGAACUCGGACAACCUGCUCAACCCGUGGCCUUCGCGGCCAGACCCGGACCACAAGCCAACGAACGCACCGCAUCAACCGGCCUUGGGAGAUCAACCGUCGAACGGGCCCGCUUCUUCCUCGGCUCCUGCCGUCAGUGCAAGUGCAAACUCGACCGUGCACUUGGGCACCGUGCUGCACUUUGUUGUGCUUCAGGACUCGGUGAUGCAGCACGCCACCAUCACUAUCGCCACCAUUGUCUCGGAGAACGUGGCUGGUCGGCUUGACGGCUCGCUCGGCUACCCGGUUGUCGCCGCCAGCCAGCUGUUCAAUUCGGCCGCGACGCAUCCUUCCAACGGGACAAUGUGGUUUAUUUACGUUGUCGGCGGCGUUGGCGUGCUCGUUGUGGCAUUGGCUGUUGUCGGCAUCCGCCAUCGUCGUGCGGUCGUCGUCCACAACAAAAACCUUGCGGAGGCCAUUCGCGCACGCUUGGCCGAGCAGGCGAACGCCGCUGGCGCGGUUGAGAUGCAGGAAGUGAACUGGAGCGAUUUUGAUCUCCCGCCACCCAACUCGACGGGUCCGAUCAUGCUUUCCGACCUUUCCCAGGCCCCGACGUCGACAGUCUCGGCGCCCCUGUCCACUAUUCCUUCGGUGGUUACAACAACCGCAACGACCGACUUUUCGCAGUUGGGACUGGACAGCUUGCAGCUCGACCCUUCGUUGUUUGAUGAUUCCCUCAGCACUGCCAAUCUGGAUGAGAUGCUCAUGACGAUGCUUGCUCCCGACACGCCCUCUGUGCUUGCCACUCAGCAGCAACAACAGCAGCAACAGCAGCAACAACAACAAACGAAUCAGUUGAAUCUCCUCUAUGCUCAGCAACGACUGCAACAACAGCAUCAACAUCAGCAGCAGCAUCAACAGCAGCAACAACAACAACAGCAACAGCAAGAACAACUCGCGCUUGAGCAACAAUUAUUGGAACAAGCAUUGCAGAUACCGAUGGACGAGCAGUUGGAGGCCGCAUUGAGUGGCGCAUCAUUGCAACCAGAAGUUUCAGCUCCAUUGCAAUCGGACGCAACGACGCUUCAAAUGGAAAUGCUGAAUGCUCGCCGACAGCAAUGCAUUGAGCAGUUGAUGGCCCUCAACCAAAUGCGAGAACUUUUGCAACGUAACACCGCUGCUGCCAGCUUGCAGGCUAGCCGAGAACAACAGCAAUUGCAACAACAGCAGCAAUUACAACAACAAUUGCAACAACAAUUACAGCACCAACAACUACAGCAACAAUUGCAGCAGCAGCAGCAACAACAAUUGCAACAUCAGCAAUUGCAAAAGCAUCAGCAAAUCCAAACACAGCUCGAGCAACAACAGAACUUGCUACGCGCACAGCAGGUUGUCGAGCAGCAUCUUUUUGCCCAGCAACAAGCCACCGUGGCCCCUGCACGUGCUCCAUCCAACCUCUAUGUGGUGGAGCAUGCUGGCGCUGCUGCGCCGAUUGUAGAACACACGGUUGUGACGUUGUCGGCACCCCACCACCACCACCACGGCCACCACGCCAAGCAAUCGCCGCAGUCGCUUUCCUCUUGAGACUGUGCCAUC